AUGGCUGAACGCUUGAAAAAGCCCUUCAAAGACAGUCUGGAUGAUAUAAAAGAACGCAUGAAAGAGAAAAGAAAUCAAAAAUGGAUAAAGUUGGGUAAAACUAGCCAGAUCUCCACCAAGAAGUGCAAAAUAGCAACUAGUAGCUCCAUGCAUAUGAAGAGCAUCCAAGCAAACAACAAAGCUCUAGCUCAGGCUUUGCAAGAAGAAAAGCUCAAACUGAAGGAUGCCCAGGCUACCAUUCUUCAUUUAAGGAAAGAGUAUCAAGAUCUGAAGGUUCAGAUGUUUGACUUGCAAAGACAUCUGGGGUUCAAGGAAGCACAAGGACUUCUUGAGAAUCGACUGUCAGCCUUGAAUGAGAUCAUUUCAAAAGUUUCUCAGAAUUUAAUGGAAUCAAUUGAUCUCCUUGGCCCAGCAAAGAAUUUGUGCUCCAUAGGUGUAAAACGGAGAGUGCUUUCUUCAGUUCUUGAACAUAGUUCCAGUGUCAUAGGACAAAUAUGUUCAGUAAGACCUCUACAGUGUGCUGAUGGAGAUGAUCAAGUACUUCUAAGUGGGACGGAGGCUGAUAGUGACAGAAAUGAGCUGGCUCAUUCUCUGUCAGAGAUGCAUGAGAAAUCUGAUGAUGCCAUUUCCUUAAUCAAAGUAGUUCCAGACAGAGGACAAACAUCUGAUUGUCAUCUGGACAUCCUAGGGCCAGGCCUGGAAAACGUUUCUUCAAGUGGAGAGUAUGGAUUUGGUAAUGUGUUACCAAAAAGUGUGUCCACCAGGCGUCGCUAUUCAAAGAUGAGAGAUAAUGAUGAACUUUGCACUGGUGCCUUGGACCAUUCAGAAGCACCUGAUUCAACAAAAGAGCUUUCUAAACGGGAUGAAACUAGACUUGAGGAAAGUCUAGAGGAGUAUACUGUAGAAAACAUAAAUUCAGAUGUUUCUCAGUUGAAUGAAAACAAGUUAGGUUCAGAGCUGGUGUUGAGGCGGAGAGAUUCUGAAACUGCACAGUUCAACUUGAACAAUAAUUCUGAUCUUAAACAACGUGAUUGUAAAAGCGGAGAACAAUCUCAACUAAGGAAAGAGAAACAUCAGAAGGGAAAACUGGAAUUGCCUAAAAAUACUUCCAGACAAAGACCAAAAAAAAGACAGAGUAAAGAGGCUUCCAAAGAAAAGUUGGAUUUCUUGGGUGGCUCCAGUGAUGCUUAUGACUUUAAUCUUGAAGAGAGUGUCCAUCUUACACCUUUUCGACAAAAUAAGGUGAAUGACACAGAUACUGUUGUGGACGACAAAGACGACUUAUCUGAAACUAAUACCACUGACUCGAGUGAUAUUGAAGAAGAUUCAAAUGAUAGCCUCUAUGAGCCUUACAAGAGUAAAUCGAAAAAAAGGAAAAGUUCAGUGGACAAAGAUGCAUCGCCAGUCCAUGUAAGGCCAAGGUCUAAAAGAUGUUUGGCACAGCGUGAGCAGAAACUCCAUCAUGAAAAAGAGACUGAAAGCAAUAAAUCAAGUGACAAGUCUAUUAGGCAGCCUUCUGAGCCAUCUCGUGGUCGUCUUUGUGAUGUUACCAAUACCACUUCAUUGUUGCCCAGCACUGGGAAUGCGACUAUUACCCCAGAAGGUGAAGGACCACGAUCUCCAAAACGCAAGCGAAGCUGUACUCUUACUGUGAGCUAUAAAGAACCAAGUAUUGCAGGGAAACUCAGGAGAGGCGAUCCAUUUACAGAUACAAAUUUUCUUAAUUCUCCAAUUUUCAAGCAGAAAAAAGAUUCUAAACGCCAUUCUCUUAAGAAAGUACCUCUGUCAAAAUACAAUGAGAAAUUUGUUGGUUGUCGUUGA